GUGUGUUGGGGGUGGUGAGAAUGUGACUCGAGCGCUCUCUUCGGCCCGCCCCGUUCUUUCCAAAGAAACGUGCUCAUAAUGGGGUGACCUAAUUACAUCGCAAUGGAACUCAAUCUUAGCCACUCCGCAGCACCAGGUUUCAUAACAGACUCGGCGGCCUCGAGUGCUGGGAAGAAACGUGCGAGGGCCGAGGGGGCGGCGGAGCCCGCGUGGAAAUCGGAAAGAAGCGCAGCCCUGCGACUUCCGCCUGGGUCAUCACGCCAGCACUCGGGCCAAGGCGCAGGGGGCGGGUGGGGGACACAUUAACUUUUUAUUUGGGUGGGUGGCAUCCAAACCUAACAGUAUAUAUUUUAUCAUUUUCAAGGGAGUCAUGCUCCACUGCGGGCCCGUCGGUUUCGUGGCUCCCAUGCCCCCCUCUCCACCUCCCGCCAAAACGGCGCAGCGUGACAAGCCAUAUGUUCCACUCCCGUGGGGGCGACAGAGAAGCAACAAUAAGUUAAAAGUGCCGCCUCCGUCCACCUCUUUACCUUCAUUCUUACCAAAAUAACCUUUUUUCAUUGUUCUAGAGUCUUGAGGUGUGUGUGGGGAGGAUGGAGGAGGGAGGGUUGUGGCGCCGCCCAGAAUUCGGAGCGCGCGUGGAAAGUAGUGAGUUGCUCGGUGGGCUUUUUCUGGGAGGAAGGGGCAUUCAGGAAGGAUUAGGGUUUUCUUGACUAAAAAGUUUAAAGAUUGGAUGCGUGAAAAGAAACCCCACGCCUAGGCCUAGUAAAACAAACAAUCGGCCCGGGUUGUGGUCUUUUUUUGCGACUACCCCCACCCGCCCACACCCGGAGAGCGCCGGCUGCAAAGCGAGCGCGAGUGUCGACGCGUGCGGCGCACUAAAUUGUGCCGCGCUCGCCCCCGCCAGGCCAUGUCCUCCUGGGGAAAAAGUUUCCCUAGUCCCCCCAGCACCGCGCCCCACCCUACGCCCCGCUGGAAAAAAAACAGCAAUAUAAAAUCCUAGACUUGAACAUUCUGUGCGUCCCAAAUUUCUAAUGUCCUCGGCCUGCCCGGUUUGCGGAAGGGAGCCGAGUGUCGAAGAGAAGUCGGGAAAAAGUAAGUUGUGCAGACACUGGGGGAAGUUUCAAGGAGACCGCCAACUCAAGAUGGAAACCGCGGCCCGGGCGCUAAGGACGGGCUUCAGCUCCCGCUGGCAAAAAGAGAAAGUCGAGCCCGCCUUCCUGCCCAACAAAAAACAACAACACGACAACAAGAACCCCGGAGGGAGUGGAAUGAGUGACGUCACAGCCGCGCUCUGAGGCUGACAAAGGAGGGGGCGCGCCCCUCCCGCUCUGCGCCCGCGCAGCCCCGGAGAGGGGGCGCCUCAAGCGCUGGGUAGGGAAGUCAGCCGACUCGAAACUUUUCCUCUUUAAGAAAAAAAAAGUUGUGCGCGGCUCGGAGUGGGGUUUUUUUUUUUUUUCCGCCUUCUUUUCUCGUCUCCCCUCCCCCUUCUUCCUUUUGAAAGUUUCUUCUCCUCCCCCUGCCCCCCCUCCCCGCCUGACCGCAUGGCUGAUUCAACUUCAGUGUCAAUCAACUUCUUUUUCCUCCUCUUCCUCAUUUAAAUAAGUUUAAAGCUCCUCCUCCCCCCGGCCCACCAAAUCUGAAACUUUAUAAAUUGGGCUUUGCGCGCCCCAGCCCGGAGUCAGAAAGGCGAGGGGCGCCGGGAACUGGCGUGUGGGACUCCAGACAGGAGAGGCUGCGCCUUCCCCGCACCGGGACCUUCGCGACACACCAGAUCCUCGCCCCUGUCCCGCGCGAGCGCACAGGAUGACCACCACCCUCGUGUCUGCCACCAUCUUCGACUUGAGCGAAGUUUUAUGCAAGGGUAACAAGAUGCUCAACUAUAGUGCUCCUAGUGCAGGGGGUUGCCUGCUGGACAGAAAGGCAGUGGGCACCCCUGCUGGUGGGGGCUUCCCUCGGAGGCACUCAGUCACCCUGCCCAGCUCCAAGUUCCACCAGAACCAGCUCCUCAGCAGCCUCAAGGGUGAGCCAGCCCCUGCUCUGAGCUCGCGAGACAGCCGCUUCCGAGACCGCUCCUUCUCGGAAGGGGGCGAGCGGCUGCUGCCCACCCAGAAGCAGCCCGGGGGCGGCCAGGUCAACUCCAGCCGCUACAAGACGGAGCUGUGCCGCCCCUUUGAGGAAAACGGUGCCUGUAAGUACGGGGACAAGUGCCAGUUCGCACACGGCAUCCACGAGCUCCGCAGCCUGACCCGCCACCCCAAGUACAAGACGGAGCUGUGCCGCACCUUCCACACCAUCGGCUUUUGCCCUUACGGGCCCCGCUGCCACUUCAUCCACAACGCCGAAGAGCGCCGUGCCCUGGCCGGGGCCCGGGACCUCUCCGCUGACCGUCCCCGCCUCCAGCAUAGCUUUAGCUUUGCUGGGUUUCCCAGUGCCGCUGCCACCGCCGCUGCCACCGGGCUGCUGGACAGCCCCACGUCCAUCACCCCACCCCCUAUUAUGAGCGCCGAUGACCUCCUGGGCUCACCUACCCUGCCCGAUGGCACCAAUAACCCUUUUGCCUUCUCUAGCCAGGAGCUGGCAAGCCUCUUUGCCCCUAGCAUGGGGCUGCCCGGGGGUGGCUCCCCGACCACCUUCCUCUUCCGGCCCAUGUCCGAGUCCCCUCACAUGUUUGACUCUCCCCCCAGCCCUCAGGAUUCUCUCUCGGACCAGGAGGGCUACCUGAGCAGCUCCAGCAGCAGCCACAGUGGCUCAGACUCCCCGACCUUGGACAACUCAAGACGCCUGCCCAUCUUCAGCAGACUUUCCAUCUCAGAUGACUAAGCCAGGGUCUGCAGGAAGGAAGGCUGAAAAAGCGGACGAAGAUUUUGACUUAAGUGGGACUUUGUGAUUUAAUUUUUUCUUUUUUUUUUAAGUGGGGAGGAAGGGGAAGCUAGAUGGACUAGGAGAGACUUGAUUUUGGUGCUAAAGUUCCCCAGUUCAUAUGUGACAUCUUUUUAAAAAAAAAACAACAAAAAAAAAAUGAGAGAAAAGCUAAAAAAAAAAAAUGUAAGGGGUGAGCAGUUAAUGGUAUUCAUUCCACAUACAAUAUCUGUGUAAAACGAUUUCCUGUAGAAGUAGCUUUAAUGGUUUUUGCUCUAGAAUACCGUAGGUCUAUCCUUAGAGCACUCACGCCAUGCUUUCUUCCCUGGGUUUUAAACUUCAUAUAACUUUCAGAAAUUGGAGAGCAAAAAUUUUGCUUGUCACUGCACAUCAAUAUAAAAAAGCUUAUUUAACUUAUCAAAACGUAUUUAUUGCCAAACUAUGCUUUUUUUUGUUAAUUUUGUUCAUAUUUAUCGGGAUGACAAAUCCAUAGAAUAUAUUCUUUUAUGUUAAAUUAUGAUCUUCAUAUUAAUCUUAAAAUUUUGUGACGUGUCUUUUUCCUUUUUUUCCACAGUUUUAAUAUAUUAUUCUUCAACGACAUUUUUUGUAACUUUACACUUUUUUGGUUAUUUUAUUUUAAAAAAAUGAAAAAUUAAUUUAAAAAAAUGCAAAAAACUGUUGGAUUAUUUAUUUUAGAAAUUCCCCCCUUUGUGUUGGACUGCAAAUUGAGUUUCUUUCUCUUUAGGCCUUUCACAACUAGGACUGAGAAUGUAUGUAAAAGUUCUGUGACAGUACAGAAGGAAAACAACUUUUUAUGUAUAGCUUCUAAAAGGGAAAAAAAAAAAAAGAGAAACCCUUUGACUUCCACGUGCCCAUCUCAAGACAUUCCACUCACAGAUUUGAGGUUCUGGAUUCCAGAUCUGGAGUUUUCCAAUGUUAAUGUAAACAGAACUGGCACACACACAUUAAGAUGAAUGUAAUUAUUAUUCCUCUUGCUGGUCACUACCGUCGCUUUCUAUUUCUCUUUCUUUGUGUGAAUUUAUUUAAAAGAAAAAAAAACUUUUUGUAACGACUAUUUGCAGUUUAAAAAUCAAUAAACCCCGUUUUUUCAAGAAACA